GAGCCUGGCCUGGGUCCGCUUUUGCCGGAAGUGGAGGCUGGCGGAGAGGGCCGGCUCCUGGUCGACAAGGGAACGCGAGCGAGGGGCUGCCGGACCGACGCUCCCGCUCCUUCUUCCCCUUCACGCCAGGCCCGGCCUUUCCCUCCGAGGGAGACGAAGAUGCUGCCUUUGUCCAUCAAGGACGAUGAGUACAAGCCGCCCCGGCUCAACCUGCUCCGCAAGGUCUCCGGGUGGUUCAGGUCAAUCCUAUCAGACAAGACGUCCCGAAACCUCUUCUUCUUCCUCUGCCUCAACCUCUCCUUUGCUUUCGUGGAGCUGCUGUACGGCAUCUGGAGCAACAGUUUAGGUUUAAUAUCAGAUUCAUUUCACAUGUUUUUUGACUGUACAGCUCUGUUAGCUGGACUGGCAGCAUCUGUAAUUUCAAAGUGGAGAUCAAAUGAUGCUUUUUCCUAUGGGUAUGUUAGAGCAGAGGUGUUAGCUGGUUUUGUAAAUGGUCUGUUUCUGAUCUUCACAGCUUUCUUCAUUUUCUCUGAAGGUGUUGAGCGUGCACUUGAGCCUCCAGAUGUGCAUCAUGAAAGACUCCUUCCAGUUUCUAUCCUUGGUUUCCUUGUAAAUCUUGUAGGAAUUUUUGUGUUUCAACAUGGUGGACAUGGCCACUCUCAUGGCUCUGGACAUGAACAUAGCCAUUCACUAUUUAAUGGAGCUUUAAGCCAUGGUCACAGUCAUGGAGGUCAUGGUCAUAGUCAUGAUUCCAAGCAUGGGCAUGACCAUGGACACUCCCAUAGUCACAGCCAUGGACGUGGACAGAGUGAAGAUUACUGUCAUGAUGAUCAACCCAUUGAAUUGUCUGGUGGAUCCAGCAAGCAAAUUCUAGAAGGUGUAUUUUUGCACAUUGUUGCGGACACACUUGGAAGUGUUGGUGUUAUCAUUUCUGCACUAUUGAUGCAAAAUUAUGGUUUAAUGAUAGCAGACCCUAUCUGUUCAAUGCUGAUCGCUAUGCUUAUAGGAGUAAGUGUUGUUCCACUUCUGAGAGAGUCCAUUGGGAUUUUGAUGCAGCGAACUCCUCCCUCCUUGGAAGGGGCUCUGCCUCAGUGCUAUCAAAGGGUUCAGCAAUUGCAAGGAGUUUACAGUUUAAAUGAUCCCCAUUUCUGGACCCUUUGUACUGAUGUUUACAUAGGGACUCUGAAAUUGUUUGUAGCCCCAGAUGCUGAUGCAAAGUGGAUUCUGAGCCAAACUCACAAUAUUUUUACUCAGGCUGGAGUGAGACAGCUAUACGUACAAAUUGACUUUGCAGCUAUGUAGCGAAUAUCUUGGACAUUCCCUUUGGACCAAAGUUUUUUUUAGUGCUGUUAUGAUUUAAAACAUUGUACUUUCUUUGAAACAAAGACCCCUUUCUCUCUGCAGUUGUUCAAAAAUGGAAUACACUGCUGCCUUUCGGCUAGAUGAGAAGAAGGGCACCGUCCUGGACUAGUUGGGCUUGAUUUUCAGCCCCAAACCUUUGUGGAUUAUUUGCUGCGUUUGUUCCAGCAGCAAACGUAAUAAUAAUGUGGUACUGCGAUCAUUGGUUAUGCUUUUUCUGAAGCUCCUGAAGUUACUGCUCAUUCCCAUGAAGCCAGUGUUACACCGAGGGGUGGGGGGUGGGGGGUGCGGUGGAUAAAAACAAAACGUAAUUCUGUUUAUAAUGUCACAGUGCUUGACAUUCUACAACGUAAUUGUAUCUAAGACUGUUUGUACUUUGCAAACUUUAUGAACCAAACCAUAUUGGGUUUUCAGAGUGCCUUUAUAUCAAAAUAUCUGUCAGCACAGAUAUGAAACAUUGGGGAUUUUUAUUACUGUUUGUGGCUACUUCUCGUCUCCAGAAGGAUUCUUGCUUUGUGGAUGAUGUGAUAGUGAUACCCUUUUAAUUAUUACAUUUUGAACUUCCAUGGAGGCGAUUAUUCAAUUUUACAAUACAGAGGAAAACAUCACACAAACCUUGUAUACAAAAUACUUUCACUACCAUAAAGUGAAUCUUAUGCUGACAGUUAUCAGAAAUUACUGUAUGAGGCCAUUUUACUAGAAAAAUUGCAGGAAUCUGGUGCUACCACUUGAUAUCUCCUUAUUUUUCUUCUGUUGUCUGCAGACUUGUCACAAGUUUUUAUGAUGUAUUUGAAAGGAAGGGUGCUUUCCUGUAAUGCUUCUUCUUGGUUUUCUCAGCUGAUUUGGUAACUGGCAGAUUAACAGGGGAAUAGAAAUUUUUAUAUGUCAGUCAACAAAACAUCCAAGAUUUUACUACAGAUUCCACAUUCAUAAUUAAUAUUUAGAAGUAAUUUGGUCUUAUAAUCCUAUGAAUUUUGAAACAGAAUAUUUCUUCAAAAAUCCUGCCAAUAUAUGCAAUAAAACCCAUUCAUUUUUAGUGCUCUUUAUCAUGGAACAUAAAUGACUUUACUGAUCAUUCCCCUAUAUUUAACAUUUGAAUUUGUACUACAUUGUAAGAGGGUCCCCAAAGUUUUUCAGGAAAAUCUUAGGACGUUUAAUCAUCAGGGCCAGUAUUGCAAUGCAUUAUGUAUUGUUCAGUGGUCUUAAAACCAUCAUCUUCCAUUUUGUGCAUUAAUGAGGUUCUUUGUAGGCAUCAUAAGUGAUAAUACAGGGUGUUUCAAAAAGAUGGACCCAGUUUGCAAUUGCUAUAUCUCUACAAUGAAACUCUUACCUCUGUGAAAGGGUGGGGCAUAGAGUUUCUAAAGAUUACCGCUAGAUGCCUCUCCCAGCACACAAGUAGCCCCUGGCCUCAGUCAUUUGUAAGAUGGUGAACCCACAACAUAAGGCCUAAUGAGAUGUUCUCCAUUUGCAGGGUUAUUUUUUAGAUUUGUUUCUGGCUCAAAGUAGUUAGUAAAAUUCGAUAACUCAUUAAAGCAUUUGUAACUUUUUUGUGUGAUUCUAACAUGUUGCCAUUGUGAAAUAUACUGGGUGAAUCAUUUUCUAACACCAUGUAUUUUCUGGGUUUAUCUGAAAGGACUGAUGUAAGUUUAGGGUUUCCCUUAGUAUCACCAGUAAAUUAAUCUCCUUUAUCAGAAUUGAAAUAUGUGGUGGGAAGUAAUUUCUGUUUUUACUGAUCAGAAAAACCAAAAGUACUGGUUACAUUAAUAGAAACCACUCAUCCAUGUCUAACUCCCCCUCCCCACCCCAAUGCAUUUUGCUUGAACCUUUGUGAUGUUAAGGUUGCAUAUGAGAAAAUGAAGAUUGGUAUUAACAUGGCAAAUCGUUUCCCAAUAUACAGUUUUUAAUUUUAAAUGGGGAAAGAACUUUUAGCUACUUAAAGGCUGAGGUAUCAUAGGUAUCAGCUAUGCCUAAAAUGGAAGUGUACUUUCUCUGCAGAAAAUGACUCUAAUGUGAAGUUUCUGUUUGUCUUGGAAUUAAGCUUUCUUGUAAUUUUUCAAACUCUUGCUGGUUCUUAUGUAAUCUCUUACUGGAUAUUUAAUUUCUAACCAACACUUUCUUUUGCUUAAUUUAGAAAUGCCAAUGUUUUGAUACAAAAUACAGACUCCAAAGAUACAUUUUGGCCCUUUACAUUUGUAAGGACUUGUACCUAGACUGCAUUUGUCUUUUGGGAGCAAAGGAACCCAGAAUAUCACCAUGCUGCUUGUUCCCAUGGUUUCUUGGAUUAGUAUGUCAAAACAUGGGCAUUUUGUGAAGUGCAGUGCAGUUCAGUUCAACAGCACAUUGGACUUAAACUUUAAGAAACAUUUGUGCCAUUCUUCACGUACAACAGUAAACUCAUUUCCCCUCUCCACAUAUAGAGCUUUUAAUUACUUGUAGGAUAAACUACAUAAAACCAGUCCCUUUUUUAUGUGAACUGACCCUAUGUCAGAACUUUGCUUUACGUUACAAGGCAAGGUUUCCAAGGCUUGUAUCAGCAUGUGACAAGUCAUUGGGUGUGGCUGUCCAUGAGAAAAUGUACAUUGCUUAACCUUUUAAAUAGUAUUUAAUUGUCAAAAGGCUCAAUCUUUUUUGGAAGUGGGUAGUCCUGUAUAGUUACUACUUUCUACCUUUUGACAAAUAUUUUAUCUGUUAAAUCAUACUUUGCCAAACACAGAAAUUUCAUUUGAUCUAACAUUGGCAUCAGAUAUUUUAUUUUUUAUUUAUUGUGUCAGAAGCGAUUUGAGGAUGCAGUUAUAAUGUAUUUAAGAACACAAAGUUACAAACUUGGCAUUACACUAGACCAGAAGUUGGCCACUUGGAGUGCCUCUGGUGUUGCUGUGAGAAGGUCCUCCAUUGUGCAUGUAGCAGGGCUCAAGACUAUUGUAGUUAGUGGUCUGCGGUUUGCUCGUCUCCACACUUACAUUUUGUGGAUUCCACUUUGUAGCCUCAUUUCUGAAGAUCGGUUCUGUAUCUCGUGGUGCCAGAACGCAGUUCAGUUUAGCACCUUCCAAUUCGCCCAGUCUUCUGUGAAUCCGGGGGCAGUUUCAUCUGGGAUCAGCCAUGGAUUGAGGUUCUGGGUUUUAGCUUACCACUUUUGGCAUCAGAGAUUAAACACAUACACUCCUUUGACACCACCAUAGAUUCUGUGCAGCAGGGAUCUUACCCAACACACAAGCGUGCACAUUUGCUUGUAAUUAUCAUAUUACAUCUUCAGUUUAGGGAAAGAAGUAUCUCAAAGUGGGAUCUUAUUUUUAACCAAGCUCUGCUGCAAGACAUAAUGGGAAACUGUCGUUUUAUAGUCUGUACUGAGAUUGGUGAGCUGUACUUCAUUACAGGGUUGGUCCAUUUUCUGCAUAAUUCUUCAUAGGGCAGAUGCUGCUGCAGAUGGUAGCAACCAUAGCAAUGAAAAUCCUUUGCUGAUAAGCUGAGCAUUGUAGUGCAUUUGUUUACUCUGCAACGGGAAUGGUGACUGCCAGAGGCUCUGGCGUUGCAUUGGCCUUCUGUGAACCUCAGAUAUUUGUCCCCAUCCUUUUAAAAGUAAGUUCCCUUGGAAGUGCCAGAAGCAUUCUCACCAAGGUUUCAAAAUAGGGAUAGGUGGUGCCCAGGUACCCCUAUUUUUUAUUAAAAUUCCCUCCAAAAUGCCUCCCAUUUCACCAUAUUUUUGGGCUGUUGCAGUGCCAUUUUAGGCUCAGAAAAUAUAUUUCCAAGGUAACUCCAGGACUACUUCCUAUGAGGGGAAAAAGCGCUUAUUUAGCCUCAAAUGUGGCCCAGAUAAUCAGAAAUAUUAGUCAUGCUCUUAACAACAUUAUUCAAAAAUAUUUUUUUCAAGAAGGUAUAGUACAACUCGCCAGGGUUCCCUGGCUAGCCAAUGUGAAUUCCCCAAUAUUUGCUCACCUUUGUUUUUGUUUUGGGAAAGGCCUCUGUUUAAAUUAGAAAGUUUGUUAAAAACAAGCAAGCAGUCAAUAAAUUUGGGGAGAAACUCAGGUCUCUCAAAACACCCCCAUCCCUUCUCUAUAACAGUGAAAAGAUUAAGACUGAAUAGUGGAUGCUAACUGCACUUUACCAGGUGAAUAGUCCAUAAGGAGUUAUAAGGUAAAUGAAGUAGUCAAGCUUAGGUAGUUAGUUAUCCAAGGGUUGGGAUGUAAUGCAAAUAAAAUUUACAAUUAUAUUUUUGAUGGAAAAUUAUAGUGUGGUUUCUUUCUUUUUUUCAAACAUGACUGAUUUGGAUGAAACCAGUGGAUUUUUAUAUGUCUUGUGCAAUUUGUAUUAUGUUUUUGAAUUUAGCUGAAUGCAUUAUGUGCUUUUUGCCUAGAAAAAAGAAUUUAUUUUCUGUGUAGCUUUUUAAAACAUUCCUGCAACCUCUCCUGUUUUCUAUUUUGACCAGAUCUUUAGUCUUUUUGCAAUUGCUUUUUUCACUCUGUAAAACAGGGAUGGGGAAAUGCUGUUCUCCAGCUGAUGUUUGAUUGUAACAUACAUUACCUUUCCGCAUUGGCUAUGCUGGCUAAGCCUGCUCAGAGCUAUAGUCCAAUACCAACUGGAAAGUUCCACAUUCCUCAUCCCUGUGUGUCCCACUGACAGAUUAAAUGCCACCAGAGGGCCCUAUGAAAACGUUUGCACCACAUGCCAAAACUUUGGUGAGAAAUAAAAAUACUUGUAGUUAUUAAAUACCCUUCUCCCCAAUUUGGGCUCAAUUCUGUAUGUAAAUUGUUAAACAGAAACAGUGUUUGAAUACUUCACAUCAAAGAGUUGUUACCUUGAAGUGAUAUGUAUGGUGAUCCAAUUGCCAAAAUGUAUACUACUAUUAUUGGAUUGUCCUGCCUAGAACGUUCUGGCUGGCUAGGAAAAUAUUGCUGAAGCUCAGUUACCUAAGGGGCACCUAAAGUGGGAUUUCAUUGUCUACCAGCCUCAUGUUCUCUUUCCAAAUUUGCAAAGUCUUGAUUGGUGCAGUUUUAGGACUUCACUGCCACAAUGAAUAUUUGGGAAUUACUAAAGUUAGUAGCCAGUUUGACUUGCCCUAAGUGCAAUAUUGAACAUUUUAAUGCAUCCUUUUUUCUACUUGAAUACAGUCUCAAUGAAGUAUUUAAACAGCAACUACGUCUGAGGUAAUAUUUGGGAUCAGUUUUCCUAUCAAUAAACUUCUUUUUUCCAAA